AUGAAAAGGCAGCAACAAGAAGAGGACGUGGUAGAGCUGCAUUUCGUGGAAAUAGUUGAGGUCGAGGCCGAGGCAAAGACUUUGAACAAAGACACUUCAAUGAGCAAAGAUGCAAUAGAAGCAACAAACAAUGUCGUAACUGCAAGAAGUACGGGCAUGCGCAAGAAGAUUGUUGUUAGAAGGAGAAACAAGAGAAUUAUGCAGAAACGACAAACAAAGAAAAAAAACAAGUUAGAGUUUUCAGAGAAGAGAAAAGAAGAGGAGAAAAAGGAGGAAAGAGAGGAGGAAGCAAGAACAUUCAAGAUCGUCGAAGUUCGGCUUGUAGAAUUUUUCAGGGGUGAUCCCUAUCAAGGACCCGAUUCGGGUUCACGCUAUACGAGGCUAUCUCCUCGUCCAUCAGUCUCAGUGCUUGACGGUGAAAUCAUCACUAAAGAGUUGGGUUUGCUUAAAAUUUCCCCCAAAACCAACCCAAGAAGUUUUCCGUAUAGUGUGAAGCAGCAGUGUUGGGACAAGGCGGAGAAAGUCAAGGGAAGAGACCCGGACCGAUGGCACCGAGACCCAUUGGGCAACACAAUCUUUCGGAAGCUUGUCGGAUGUCCUGGUUUUCUCUGCCAUGACUAUGACCAUAUAAUUCCCUAUUCUAAGGGUGGAGAAAGUACACUAGAGAAUUGUCAAGUUUUGCAGGCGACAGUUAAUAGAUCGAAGGGGAACUGAACUGAUAUAUCAUAAGCUGAAAUCAUUCAGAGAAGUUCGUAUUGUUGGGUUUCAGGUCGCGACAUGGAUCUUCUUGAACUUUCUGCCUACGGCGAUGUCCGUCGUGGAGAAGAUUCUGGGGGAUGUAAAAUUCAAUGAGUCCUUUUACAACAAUAUACUCAAGAAUGACAUUGUAUGCUUCCCCUUAAUUAUCAGUAUGACAGUA